GUUGACAUUAAUUUGCGGCAAAAUGAAUCAAGAAACAGGAUAUCUGGUUAAAUUUGAGUUUUUGAUACAGAUUAAAUUGUACAACAGUUUGUUUUUGUGUGUGCGGUCCAAACUCCUUACCAGUUGGUGGCGGUAAUGCUCACCUAACGUUUUUGCCAACUGCCAUAAAAAUUUCAAGAAGAAGAAGCAGAAGGAGGAAAAUGUCCGCAGAAAAGAGACCUCGGACAUUCACAGACGAAGACACGCUGAGGUUCAUCCAGACCCGAACCCGCCUGGACUUCCUGUUCACGGGGAAGAGAAACAAGGUCCACGGAGCGUGGCAGCAGGUCAUCCAGGAGACGGGGGUGGAAGGGGUGGUCACUCCCACCCAGGCGGCCAAGAAGUGGGACAACCUCAAAUCCAAAUACAAGGAGCUGACGAACCCCAACCUGAGGUCGUCUGAGGAGGAGGGCAGGGCCGCUACUUGGCCCUGGUUUGAAGCCAUGCAUGAGGCCAUCGGGGAGCGGGGAGCUGUGGAGGCCCCUCACCUCAUCGCUUCAUGUGGGGCCCCAAACAAGGGCCGCUCCUCCCCGCCACCCUGCCGUGCCGCAGCCUCCACCAGCAACGGCUUGACUGCGCCGCAGCCCAGUAGGAAACGCUGCGGAGACGCACUGCUGCGCCUGAUCAGGCAGCAGUGCGAGAAGGACAACGAGUACAGCCAGAAGAUCAUCGAGCAGAACGAGCGAAUCAUAAAACUGCUGGAGGACAUGAAGAAGAACUGAGCCGCACCACACGCCCCAACAUAGACACCUAACGAGUUCCUCUGUGGUUCCGGGCCGCUGCACUCUGCUGGUAACCAGGGCAACCAGGUUCCUGGAUCAGGUGGUUCCAGCAGCAUCAGCAGAACUUUGGUUCUUGAAACGUCCUGAUUCCUUCGGCCGCAGGUCGCUCAUGUGACACCAGGAGGAGGAAGGACUGCUGCUCCGUUUCUAUGGCAACAGUGACCCUCCCCCGUCCCCCCAAAGGGUCUUCUAUCACUUUGCCUUUUUGAUAAUCAGUAUUUUCUACACUAGAUGUUGUUUAUCUCCACAGCUCAAUAAAACCUUCUGUUCCUCCUGA